CGUUCAGUGGCAGGCCUGAGACUAUCGCGAUAGACAAGCGAGAUCGACUCUGGCCCUUUAACAGCCCCUUCCCGGGGCCCUGCCCCGCGCGUGCGCACUGCCGUUCUGCGCUUGUCAUCAUGGCGACGCGGGGCCAUGUGCAGGACCCUAACGACAGGCGCCUCCGGCCCAUUUACGAUUAUCUUGAUAAUGGUAAUAAUAAAAUGGCAAUUCAGCAAGCGGAUAAAUUGUUGAAGAAACAUAAGGAUCUUCAUUGUGCUAAGGUUUUAAAGGCAAUUGGUUUACAGAGAACUGGAAAGCAAGAGGAAGCCUUCACUUUGGCACAGGAGGUGGCAGCCCUUGAACCCACGGAUGACAACUCGCUUCAGGCGCUUACUAUCCUUUACCGGGAGAUGCAUCGACCGGAGUUAGUUACAAAACUCUAUGAGGCAGCUGUGAAGAAAGUCCCCAACAGUGAGGAAUAUCACUCUCACCUCUUCAUGGCCUAUGCCAGAGUGGGCGAAUACAAGAAAAUGCAACAGGCUGGCAUGGCUCUAUAUAAGAUUGUCCCCAAAAACCCUUACUACUUUUGGUCUGUGAUGAGCUUAAUUAUGCAAUCUAUAUCGGCACAGGAUGAAAACCUCUCAAAAACAAUGUUUCUGCCCCUCGCUGAGAGAAUGGUAGAAAAAAUGGUGAAAGAGGACAAGAUAGAAGCAGAGGCUGAAGUUGAACUUUAUUAUAUGAUCCUGGAACGUUUAGGAAAGUACCAGGAAGCCUUGGAUGUCAUCAGAGGAAAAUUAGGAGAGAAGUUGACAAGUGAGAUUCAGAGUCGGGAAAAUAAAUGCAUGGCUAUGUACAAGAAGCUGAACAAGUGGCCAGAGUGCAAUGCCCUUUCCCGGCGCCUCUUACUAAAAAACUCAGAUGACUGGCAGUUCUAUCUGACUUAUUUCGAUUCUGUAUUUCGACUGAUUGAAGAGGCCUGGACUCCUCCUGCUGAAGGUGAACACUCUUUAGAAGGAGAAGUACAUUAUUCUGCAGAAGAAGCUGUGAAGUUUAUAGAAGAUCGAAUAACAGAAGAAUCUAAAAGCUCUCGCCAUCUCCGAGGACCACAUCUUGCUAAACUGGAGUUGAUUAGACGUUUACGUCGUCAAGGUUUUAAUGAUGAGUACAAACUGGGUGAUCCGGAAGAAUUAAUGUUCCAGUAUUUUAAAAAGUUUGGGGAUAAACCUUGUUGUUUUACAGACCUCAAGGUGUUUGUUGAUCUCUUGCCUGCAACACAGUGUACAAAAUUUUUUAAUCAGUUACUUGGAGUUGUUCCUUUGUCAACACCAACAGAGGAUAAGCUGGCACUGCCUGCUGACAUCAGAGCUCUGCAGCAACAUUUGUGUGUGGUGCAGCUGACGAGGUUACUUGGCUUGUACCACACUGUGGAUAAAAAUCAGAAAUUGAGUGUGGUCAGAGAAUUGAUGUUAAGGUACCAGCAUGGACUGGAAUUUGGGAAAUCCUGUUUGAAAACCGAAUUACAGUUUUCAGACUAUUACUGUCUCCUUGCUGUCCAUGUGCUUGUUGAUAUAUGGAGAGAAACAGGUGAUGAGACUGCUGUAUGGCAGGCCCUGACUUUGCUGGAAGAGGGAUUAACACACAGCCCUUCCAAUGCUCAAUUCAAAUUGCUGCUUGUUCGAAUCUACUGUAUGCUGGGGGCAUUUGAACCAGUGGUGGAUCUGUAUUCCAGCCUUGAUGCUAAACAUAUCCAGCAUGAUACCAUUGGUUAUCUCUUGACCCGAUACGCUGAAGCCCUAGGUCAAUAUGCUGCUGCAUCCCAGUCCUGUAACUUCGCACUCAGGUUCUUCCACUCCAACCAGAAAGAUACCUCAGAAUAUAUUAUUCAAGCUUACAAAUAUGGUGCAUUUGAGAAGAUCCCAGAGUUUAUCGCGUUUAGGAACAGGCUGAAUAAUUCUCUUCAUUUUGCACAAGUCCGUACUGAACGGAUGUUGUUAGACCUUCUACUUGAAGCAAAUAUAUCAACCAGCUUAGCAGAAAGUAUAAAGUCAAUGAAUCUUCAGCCAGAAGAAGAUGACAUUCCAUGGGAAGCCUUGCGAGACAACAGAGACUUAAAUGUUUUCUUUAGCUGGGAUCCAAAAGACAGGGAUGUUUCUGAAGAACAUAAGAAACUUUCCUUGGAGGAGGAGACCGUGUGGUUAAGAAUCCGUUCCUUAACACUGAGGCUUGUCAGUGGACUUCCAAGUCUUAACCACUCUGUGGAGCCAAAGAACUCAGAGAAGACCACUGAGAAUGGUGUAUCUUCCCGGAUUGACAUUCUUCGUUUGCUCCUUCAACAGCUGGAGGUGGCCAUGGAGACAGGAAAGCGAUUUAUUGAGAAGGAAAUUCAGUAUCCUUUCCUUGGUCCUGUACCUACGAGAAUGGCUGGAUUCUUUCAUUCUGGCUGUUCUCAGUGUCAGACCAGUUCUUUUUAUCUUGUUAGUGAUAUUCAUGAGCUGGACGCCAAUGGCUUAGAGGAUACAGUGGAGAUCCAGGAGCGAGUAGAGAAUAGUCUUAAGUCUUUACUAGAACAGUUAAAAGAUGUUUUCAGUAAAUGUAAAGGUGACCUCUUAGAAGUUAAAGAUGGUAACUUGAAAACACAUCCUACUCUUUUAGAAAAUCUAGUCUUCUUUGUUGAGACUAUUUCCAUUAUCCUUUGGGUGUCCAGUUACUGUGAGAGUGUCCUGCGACCAUACAAAUUAAACUUACAGAAAAAGAAAAAGAAGAAAAAAGAAACCAGCAUCAUCAUGGUAAUAGGAGAGAAAACACAAGUAACAACCUGGCCACAUGCUGAUUUUUCUUUUCACUGUUUUCCUGCUGUUCCACCUGUCCUUACCGGUUUCCAAGACUACGUGACUGGGCUUCAGACUUUAAUUUCUAAUGUUGUGGAUCAUAUUAAAGGGCUUGAAACACAUCUAAUUGCACUUAAACUUGAAGAACUUAUUUUAGAAGACACUUCUCUCUCACUGGAAGAGAAAAAAUUUUCAAAGACUGUGCAAGGGAAGGUGCAGAGCAGUUAUCUGCACUCGCUUCUGGAAAUUGGGGAGCUGCUGAAAAAAAGACUUGAGACCACAAAGAAACUAAAAAUUUAGGGAAGUGUGAACCACAGGCACUGAUGACUCCACAACAGAAAAUGACAUCAUCUUCCCAGGCAAAACUACAUCUGGUUGACCAUCAUUUUAAUCCAGAACUUCCUCAUAAAAUGCAUGAAGGACUUUGAUUGUGAAUUAAUUUUUUAGGUAUUAAAUGUAUACAGCUGAUUAAAUUAUUGUAUAUAAACCAGAAGCAGGACCCUCAUCUGGGUUUGACCACUUUUUAUACAUGUUCAUAUGCAUAUGGCAGCCACAAGAGAGCCCCACUUUUCUUCUUCCCUCCCAUCACCAGAAACAUUUGGUGGGGUUAGGGGUCCUGUAAAAGCAGCAAUAGAAAUUAAGCAUAAAGCAUCAACCUCAGAGCAGCUGAAUGGCCCUAUUAUUAGCAGUGGGUGUUUUGGUCUGGCCCUUAAGCCUUAGGAAGCAAAGUAGAGGGGGACCGUAAUUGAACUCAGGCCCUUCCACAUCAGCAGUUCAUUUUUGAGGCUUCCUCAGCUGGUUGGCUCCCACAGAACCCAAGGCAGGUGAAAAGGUCUCAGAUGAAAUUUGACAUAAGCACCUGUCACUGAAGGGCACCACUCAGACACAGGUGUUCCAUUUUGCCUGAAUAGUCCAACAGCCAAGACUCUAACCUAGUUCCUGUGAGAGUUAAUUCGUUAACUUACAGCUGUUCGGAGGGGCAAGCAGUGCAGACCACUUGUAAUCCUGCCCAGGACUAGCUUUCUUUCAUCCAUCUUUGGGAAAGAUGGGAAUCACUUUAAAGAGGUGUACAUAAUUUAUGCAGGCAAGUCUAAUGCCAAUGUCAUUGGUUUUGUGAGAUAUAUAUAUAUAUAUGUAUAUGCUUUUACAUAUAUACAUAUGUGUAUUUUCAAGUAUAUGUGUAUAUACUUGUUUAUGUGUAUAUACACAUUUGCACUUGAAAAUGAAGAUUUAAUACUUUACUGUUUUUUAAGUGGGGGGUUUGGGAAGGAAGGAAUAUAUAUAUAAGAACUUAACCUAGGUUUUAAGUUUUAGGGUGGGAAAAGAAAUGUCCAUUAGGUUUGACGUUCAGUGUACUUCAAACUUGAGAGUUCCACCAGGAUGGUGUUUACAUUAUCCACUUGGAGCUCCCCAAGACUAUAGCUUCAAGGGUUGGUCUGACAGAAAAGAUAAACAUUGCUCUUGAAAAUGUUAUACAGUUUAUACAAUUGCUUUGAUAACUUUUGUGUUUGAAUCUGUGCUUCUGUUUUUGGGCUUUGUUACUCAAAUACUGUUUAAGUUAGUGAUUCUGUAAGAGCAAAGAAAUGAAUUUGUUGAGGAAAUGCAAGCAUGUGAUAGAGGAUUAGUCUUGAAGACCUUAAAAGCCGUUACAACUCUCUUCUCCAGUGAAAUGUGAUCCUUUUUUCUUUAAAAAGCAACCAAAAGAGCGCUUGGGAAAUCUCCGUAUGCAAAACAAAUGCAUUUUUGUCCUUGACUUCUCAUUUUGACUUUCUUUGACUCAAAUCAGUUUGAUAGGGUGAUUAAUCUGUUUAAACUUCCAAGAAAAUAUUUUUAGAAAAUUACAUUACCUGUUUAAAAUAAGAUGUUAGAAAUCCUAUCCCAUCAAGUAAUUUCAAGAAAUUCUUUCUGAUAUAUAUUGGCAGCUACAGUUCUCACACCCAUCCCAAACGGAAGAACUGCUUUGAACAGAUGAAUUGAAAAUUCUGAUUGAUUCUAAAUUUGAUUUAAUGACAACAUAUCAUAAUUUCAUAAAACUAAGGCCUAUUUAGAUGGAACUUUGCGUGUGUAUGGCAUGUGUUCUUGAAAUGAUGUUUCUUUUAGUAGCCAAAAGUAUUGUACAUAGAAAUAGAAAUGUUCUUUCAAACAAGUGUGUCAACCAACAAUGAUCAGAUUAGCAUGUGUGUGCUCAGUGGGCUGGCCUUGGUCCUCAGGGACAGUGCUGGACUCCAGUGGUCUACCUAACUACUAGUCUCUUGCCUGGGGGCAUCUGGGACCACUACUGGUUUUAGUGACACAUAAUGUUACAUCAAGGUUAUGCUUCAUUACUUGCUGGAUUUUCCUACUAAUUGUAGCAUUUCAAUUAGAUCCAACCUCUUAAUGAAAUUAUGCAGAAAUGGACAAUAUCUUUUAUUGAUCUGUUCCUUUGGAAACUGUCAUGCACUAUAAAUUGUGUACAGUUAAAAAAUAUAUAUUCUUACAUGAGUAAAAAGCACCCUCUCCAGCAAUUGUAUAUCAUUGGAAUUUGAAGAGAAUUCCCAAAUAACCCAUUGCUGCUGCUGCUGUUUUUGAUCUGUGUGGGUUUUUUUUUUUUUGUUGUGUUCUGUUUGUUUUUGUGUGGUAAGUUGAUAUUUCAAGAAAAAAAGAGAAAAAACACGACUACUGUUUACAGACUGAAAAAUUGCUUUUUAUACUACUGAGAUCCUAAGUUAAGACUCUCCAAAGCAAACAUUUGGUUUAAAUCAUUUAUCUGAUGUGGAUAAAAGGUAGAUGAAUUUUUAGUGUUCUCCACAUAAUGGAAAAUGUACAAUGCUUAGUGUUGCCCAUUAAUUUUGUGUAUUUUCAUACUUUUAAUUGUUCAAAAUUGCAUUAUAUUUUGCAAUCACUAUGUUCAGUCUGGAUUUGUCUUUCAUUUAAACUUUUAAUAUAAAAGGAGUUUCAAUGUC